GUGUAAAAAUAAUGUUAAAAAAUGACCUGUAAGUUAGUGUACAUAGUGUGGGAAAAUUGGUUGGAAAAAUAUAUGUAAAUGUUGUGACGUUCGGUGUGUUGCUUUAGUUCGGCCAAUCGUUGUUAAUAAAUAAGCAUGGAUGUGCGGGGAAUGUGUUAAGUGCAACAGCUGGUAUAAGGGAAAGUGAAUAAAGGUUUGUGUGAAGCAAAGAAGAGGAAAAAAGCUUUUAUAAGUUUCGUAAAGAAAUGAGGAAAUAAAAGAAAAUUUAAUAAGCAAUAAGCUUUCAAAUGUAUUGAAGGAAAUAAAAUGUUGAUCUUUUAAAGAAAAAAGCUUAAAUAAUGAGAAAAUAAAAAAGUCGUUAAAAUAGAUAAAAGAGCUAUUAAAAAGUUGAGAAAAAAUAGAAAAUAGAAAAAGCAAAUGAAAAUUUUGUAAAUAAGAAAAAAAAAUAUUUGUAAAAGUAAAUUCAAAAUUUGUAAAAAAAGAGUAAUUGAAGUCGUUUGCGGAAAGGAAAGUGUUAAAUAAGCUACUACAAAUGGAAAGUUAUUGAAAUUCUAUCCAAUUACAAAACAACAGUACAGGGACAUACUUGCAUUAACUAAACAGCAGUCCGCUAUACCUGAAACAGAUGUUAUGGAAACUCAUCGUUCCUUGGCGGAUUGGAGUAAUAGCUUACGUAGUAGCUGGAAUACUUUAUUCAAUGUUACUGGUGACAGCCUCAAUAAGAGUUUGGGACAAAAAGGGGAUAGAACUUAUCCGAUUUGUGUUAUUAAAACUCAAGACCACAUGCGUCGUAAGCGUGGUGCUAGACAAUAUGAUUAUAAUAAUGGUUACGCUGGCUUAGCACCUAAUGUUGUCUACCCGGGAUUCUCAUACUACGGAAGGCCUCCAUACCACAGGCAAUCAUACUAUGGACAUCCACAAUAUGGUUCCCAGUAUUAUCAAACACCAUAUGAAGAAGAAAAUAUCGAUGACGAAGCUGCAAAUGACGGUGAAGAUACUGAAAAUAAUGACAAUGAACCUGAAGAGAUGCCAGAUGUAAAUGAAAAUGACAACGUUCCGGAUAAAGAAUCAAAUUCUCCCAUUAUAAAUUGUGUUGUUGUAAUUCGCCGUAAGAAUCAAAUUAUUAAUAAACCUAUAAACCCAGAAACUGACAUCACAGACGACACUAACGAUGUCGAAGGGUAUUCUCCACCAUCUUAUGGACAACCGCAAUAUCCUCAUUACCCAUACCCCUACCCACCACAACAUCCACCAUUGUAUCCGUACCCUCCACAUGAUCACUAUCCCUACCCUCCACAUCCCCAUCCAUAUGAAAAUUCUCAUCCUUCCUCCAGAAGCAACAAAAUUUCAGGCAUGGACCCUUUAGCUAUGGUUCAGUACCAACAAAUGAUCGCUGAAUACUACAGACAUUUACAUGCCCUUUAUAUGGCGGAUGCAACCACUGGUAAUGCCAAAAGUGAUGAUCAGUCUGAUUAUGUUGAUGAUGAUGUUGAAGAAUACGAUGACAAAGAAAUCGGACAAUCAAGAUAGUGAUAGAGAGGAAUAUUAAUAUUUUUUACAUUACAUUCUCACGUUAUUAUAUUUCUUCAACUUAGUAUAAGAUAUUAAAAUAAAUUGUUAUACAUAUGCAUAUUACAACAUUUCAGACCAAAAACUUUAUUUACAAUUUCAAAUGUAACAAUUUUCCUAAUUAGUUCACAGUAAGAUCUUUAAAAUUAAUAUAUACAAAAAUAAAAUCAAGACUUUGAA